AUGGGGUCCAUCGAGGACGAAAAGUCCAAGAGCGCCCCCCUCAAGGAUGCCGCUAAUGGUGUCGAAGGGGCUGACGAAGCCUCCAAGGACAGCCCAGAGCGUCCGCCCUCAUACAAUCAACCAGAGGUUCAAAUUCAACUGCCUCGGCUAAACCUCAAAGAGGUUCCAGGCAGUGAGACUACUCGAACCGUUACUCGCGACCAGGUUGUCGCGCAUCUCAAGUUCCUCGCCGUGCUCGCGGAUUUGCGGGACGUUGUCUCAAAUAGUGACGGUCUCUUUGGUCUCUUUGAUUCCGAGGCCGAGAAGCACCCCGACUCGCUCGACGAGGCUCGUGUUCGCAUUCGCGAGAAGCGCUGGGCCGUGUACACGGCUCGUGCCGUUGAUCGGUAUCAGAAAUGGUGGUCCGCGUGCCUCCCAAUGUCCCGAUCUGUUGCCACCAUGGACGACUUGGUUUCGCAAACUUAUGAAAAGAUCAUUGAGUGUGAAACCAUGGUUCUGUGGACAGCAGAGAACAUGCCCCCACUUGAUAUCUUGAUGGUAUGGCACUCUCAUAUGCUCAAUCCGAGAGACUUCCUCGAAGAUUGCAUCCGAUCUGGCAAGAUGAGCACUUACAGAACCGGAUUCCCCUUUUCUGCCGUGGAUGCCUGUAUCAACGAUCGUACCUUGGAAUACACCGUGCCCGACAAAACAAAAGGCCUUUUUGAACAACGACUCAAAUUGAACUGGGACAAUCUCCAUGACCCACCCGGCAAGGAUCUUGAAUGUCCACGCUGCACACAGAUCAACACGAUCCUCUGGACCGAAGGGGGCAUCGGGGAGUCGGUGAAAGAAGCCUUCAAGGAAAGUACUGGUUUCGCCGACCGGUCCUUCGCGACUACCUGCAAACACUGCAGGUGCCUUAUCAACCAUGACCGCCUCAGAGUCGCAAAAUUCCGUAGCGACCUGGUCGAACUGCUGCAGGACAAGCUGCCCAUGCCAGGGUCCCUUUACAAUAUCAACGGCGUUCCGGAAGGGCCAUCCAAAGGCAGAACUCUGCUACUCCAUACAUACAUGCUAUUCCCAUCUCUGCUGAUGGCAACAUUAGGAAGCGAGCUGCUUGCGUUCACCGACCCCCGACUGGAUCGGUGCAAGGAUAUCGAUGCACUUCGCAAGCAGCUUGAAAUGAAGCUACGGGACCGGAAGGCAAUUAGCAAAGCGCACCGGGGUAUGUUCCUGAAUAGUUCCAUGGUGCGGCCCGGCGAGAAAGUACACUUCCGGCGCAUGAUGUCGCAUUACUGGGAGAAUUUCAGCCCCUUCGCGCUCGAUCUGGUCGGCGCUGUUAUCCGUCAGGGAACCUUUGUCCAGAAGAUGGACAACAUUGACUGGUUGCACUCGCCCACGGUUAUGGAAACUGCAGACCGCCUGAUCAAGAAGUACCACGUCUUCUUCCAAAUCAUGCUUGACAACCCGUCGAAAAUGGCCGUUCCCACAUUGGACGUCGAUCUCGCCUGGCACACGCACCAGCUCCAACCACGACGAUACUACAAAUACAGCACUCGGGUGAUAUCAAACGGAAUUCGCAUUUUCCUCGAUCACGACGACAAAGUCGACGAGAACAAGCUCUCCGAAGCCUUCGAAUGGACAAGCAAGAUGUACCGCCGCGCCACAGACGGCGCAAUCUACAGCGAAUGCACCUGCUGGUACUGCGAAGCCACCCGCGCACCAGAUCUAUACGACCGAAUCUUCAACGUCGGCUCUGCCUCGCGCGCCCGCGAAAACGCAGAUACCCUCCACGACCGCGAGGAUAUCUCCUCCGACCCGGACAAGAACCCGCAUAUCUCUGCGCACAAUGCGGUACGUCCGUCCAGCCUGGCGGCUCAGGAUCCUCGUAUUGGACAACUCCAGCGCAUCCGUCUGCAUCAGAACUAUGAGAAAGCGAUUCGGCGCGCUGAGAAGCGCGGUCGUACUCGGCCUGAUGCGAGGAAGAGCAGGGAUGGUGGCUACGAGCCGUAUUACUAUGCGCCGUAUGUUUGGGGCUAUCCCGUCAUGAUACCUUAUUAUGGUCCAUAUAUGUGUGACCCGGGUAUUAGCUCGAACUCUUAUGCCUGCAACCCGAGCUGCAUGAAUGUCAGCGCCGGUGCGGUGGGCAACUGUUGCUCUGGGACAUGUGGCGGUGGCGUGGCAGCUGGCUCAUGCGGUGGUGCCGGUGCCGUUGGCUGUGCUGGUGGAUCAGGAGCUGCUUGUGGAGGAGGUGGAGGUGGAGGAGGUGGAUGCGGAGGGGGAGGAGGAGGAGGCGGUGGUUGUGGUGGCGGCGGAGGAGGAGGAUAG